GCUGAUUUUCUAUUGGUUAUGGAUCAACAGGUCAACAGUCUGAAGGUCGACAAUGUCUAGGUCAACACCAAAUGGUCAAAGUGUACAGGUCGACAUACGUUUUUAAUGGGGGGGGGGGGGGGGGUUUGGUGUAAAAAUUUCCCUUUCAGCAAGUGGACCCCAAAUUAGUGCAACGUGUGUGCUGAUACCACUAAACCCCCAUAACAGCACUUAAUGCAUCUGCCCCUAUGUCUGGAUAUAUCUUGUCUGCCAGAGAUCUCUGAAACCACUUAUCACAUUGGAUCAUUACCUCAUCUGUGCAAAAGAAACAACACUUUCUGCAUCACACACUUCCACAAGUUUUCUGGAAAUCCGGUCACCCCCAUCUCCUCACAGCUAAUACUGCAGUCCUCCUCCUCCUCCUCCGUUUCCGGGGUAGUCCACACCCACUCUGGAGACUGGCCACACCCCUAAGCACGGGCCCUUACCACUGCAUUCCCCCAGUGGGCCCCUUAUGCCCCAGUCCGACAUUGCCUGAAUCAAUCCCUUGUGGACAGGCGAUGCUCUUCUGGCCUGUUCAGUCAGGUAGAGACACCGCCAAUAUUUAAACAGAGUCAGGAGGAAGAAUGUUGCUGCAUGGGCACCACUUGUGCGCGGCCUCUCCCUAAAGGUGUGUACCAUGUAUUUGUCUCAGAUGAACUGUUGGACCCAGGGCGUGCAACUGUCAGGCUGCCAGAAGAGGCGUGGCUAAUCUUACACACUUCCACAAAUUUCCAGUCAUUGCCUCACACAGUGCAGGAGUCACUGGGAUUCCUAGAAGAAUGGCCGGAGAUAGGAGUCUUUCCAUCUUCCUCCUCUUUAUGCUGCAGUUCCCCCUUCUGCAUGGAGCCAAGAUCCUGACAAUAUGUUUUCUAGGUGGAAGUCAUUAUCUCCUGAUGGAUGAAAUCUCCCGAAUUCUUCACAGUAAUGGCCAUGAAGUGCGAAUGUUCCACAAGUUCUGGCAGGGGAUGCUCCCAGGCUACAAGUUGAGAACCAGCCCUUAUCCAGUCACUACAUAUUCCCUUGACAAGAAAUACUUUGAAGAAUAUGAAGAAUUCUUUACUGAGUACCAGAGAGAUUUUUUCAUGGGCAAGCGUGAAAUCCAACCUUACUUCAGGAUGAUGGGCCUUCAUUCAGACCAAUGCAACGUUACAUUAAAUCAGUCACUGCUCUUACAGUCACUAAGGGAUGAAAAAUAUGACGUUGCUAUUGUCGACGCCCAUAACCCGUGCACGCUUCUAGUCUCUGAGGCCCUGGGCUUACCAUACAUUGCUUUUUUCCCUAUGAUAUUUGCCAAUGCCCCAUUGAACAUAUUGCCGGUUGACCUGUCAUACGUGCCUUUGUUCCAGUCACAGCUCUCCGACCGCAUAGAUUUCCUUGGCCGCUUACAGAACACCAUCAUGUAUUUUGGAUCACUCUUGGUGGAGAUGAAAAUUGAAGCAAUAUUUCUAGAUCCCCUAAAAGGACAUUUUCCUGACCACUCCAGACCAUCAUUAUCUGACCUGUACCGGAAAGCAGAGCUCUGGAUAUUCAACCUAGAUUUUACCAUUGAACUCCCACGCCCACUCUUGCCCCAUAUUCAAUAUAUCGGGGGAUUACUGGCCAAACCUGCAAAUCCGUUAUCGCAAGAAUUGGAGGACUAUAUAUCAGAGUCUGGUGAGUCUGGAUUCAUUGUUGUGACGCUGGGUUCAAUGAUCUCUUCAUCGCCUCAGAUUGCACUUCUAAAGGAGAUGAAUGCUGGAUUUGCGAGAAUCCCGCAGAUCGUUAUCUGGAGAUUUCAAAGGUCACAUUGGCCAAAGGAAUUGCAACUGGCUCCUAAUGUUAGACUCCUGGAUUGGGUGUCCCAGAAUGACCUGCUAGGACACCCUAAAAUCCGCCUUCUGGUGACACAUGGGGGCCUGAAUAGUUUGAUGGAGGCUGUGUAUCACGGAGUUCCUGUUUUAGGGAUCCCCCUCUUUGGGGACCAGUUUGACAACUUGGUGCGGAUUACAGCAAAGCAUAUGGGAACAUUUAUUCCAGUCCUUGAAAUUAAGUCCGAAAGUUUUGCAAACACAAUGCGCCAUGUAAUCGAAAACAAAAGCUACAAGAUGUCAGCAAUGAACUUGAGUGUUAUUCGUAAGUCGCGGCCAUUCCCUCCAGACCAGCAGUUAUUACGGUGGGUGGAGCACAUCAUCCAGUCAGGAGGAGGCGGCCAUCUUCAUCCCUAUUCUUAUCAGCAGCCCUGGUAUCAGCAGUAUCUGCUGGAUGUCAUUUUAUUUUUAUGUCUAUCUAUCGCUCUCAUUCUUUAUCUUAUUGUUAAAAUAUUCAAACUUCUUAUUGGUAAAAUAUGUUUUGCUACAAAACAAAAGAUGUCUUAAUUGUUUUGCGGAACGGUUGUUAUAGCGCUGGAAUUUUAAUAAACGCCACUUCAAAAGUU